UUUGCAGCUAUACGUCUUUUCAAACCCCCCCCCACCCCCCAGCUUGGCAGCCAGACUAACCAGCUCUUCUGGGGUGGGGGUAGGGUGGCCAGGAGGCUGUCCCUGCUCACCUGUGGAUAUGCAAGGUAGCUGGGCGCUGGCUGGCGCCAUGGGGAUCCCCCAGAGGCAGCUGCGCCCCUGGCUGCUGCUCCUGGUGUUGAGCUGGCUCUGGCCCAGCAGGAGCCUGGACUUGAUCCCCUACACGCCUCAGAUAACGGCCUGGGACCUGGAAGGGAAGGUCACUGCCAGCACCUUCUCCCUGGAGCAGCCGCGCUGCGUCCUCGACGGGCACGCCCAGGCCACUGACACCGUCUGGCUGGUGGUGGCCUUCAGCAAUGCCUCCAGAGACUUCCAGAACCCCAAGACACUGGCUGAGAUCCCUGCCUUCCCUGAGCUACUGACCAGUGGCCAUUAUAUGACGCUGCCCCUGUCCCCGAUGCAGCUGCCCUGCACAGACCCUGCUGGUGGUGGCAGCAGCAUCCCCCUCCUGCGGGUGGGCAACAAUGCUCGCUGCCUUGCUGACCGCCAGCUGACCUACUGCAAUGGCCCCCUGCCCAGCCCUGGGCCUUACAGGGUGAAGUUCCUCCUGCUGGACGCCAGGGGCGCUCCCAGGGCCGAGACCAGGUGGUCAGACCCCAUCACUCUCCUCCGAGGGAGGGCCCCGAGCUCCAUCGACACGUGGCCAGGGCGGCGAAGUGGGGGCAUGAUUGUCAUCACCUCCGUCCUCUCCUCUCUGGCCGGCCUCCUGCUCCUGGCCUUUCUGGCCGCCUCCACCAUGCGCUUCUCCAGUCUCUGGUUGCCUGAGGAGCUGCCAACCCCGGAGCAGCUGAGGAUCGGCUCCUUCAUAGGGAAGCGCUACACGACCCACCACAUCCCGCCCAGCGAGGCCACCACGCUGCCCGUAGGCUGAGAGCCUGGCAGGGACCCCGGCCCAGCCCCCCAGCCCCUAGCCAGGCUAUGUGAUUGAGCAGGGGGA